UGAGCCGCUGUUUUCAGUUGUUCGAGCUCAGUAACGAGUUUACCGAACAUGCUUUCGAUAAAUUAAUAGAGAUUUGCAUUUGUUUUCUAUUUUUUUAAAAAAACCCAUUUCAUCGACGUUUUAAAUGUAGAGUUUUAAUCGAACAGCUCGUGCCUGCCUAACACAUUUCCACCAAUAACGGGUAUGUUGCUAGCGUGCUAGUUGUGUUUGGUCUGAGAUUCAUCUAUCGUAACAGUAACUUACCCACAUUUAUCAUCACCAUCUGUAAUCUCAUCUUCGUCUGUAGCACUCAAAACCAUAACGCUGCCAGUGGCAAGCGAUGGAGGUUGGCACAGUUGUGCAAGAAGAAAUGAAAUUUCGGGGGGCUGAAUUCGCUGUCAAGGUCGAGCUGGUGGAGCGGCUACUAAUCGUAGAGAUUUCAGAUGUUGUUACAGCAGACCAGUGGAGAGGAGAGUUUGAUCCUGCCUAUAUUGAAGACCUGACCCGGAAAACUGGGAAUUUUAAACAGUUUCCAGUAUUCUGCAGCAUGCUUGAGUCUGCUGUCAACAAGUCCAGUGAAUCAGUGACCCUUGACCUCUUGACCUAUUCCGACCUCGAGCUUCUGCGGAACAGAAAGGCAGGUGUCGUUGGCCGACCUCGUGCUCAGCCACAGUCUCCUGCCCUCAGCGCUAAACGAUACCUCAUCCUCAUCUACACUGUGGAGUUUGACAGGAUACAUUAUCCACUUCCACUUCCAUAUCUGGGCAAACCUGAUCCUGCAGAGCUUCAAAAAGAGAUCAGAGCUCUGAGGGGCGAGCUGAAAACACUGGGGCUGAGAGGAGACUACAAAGUGUCUGACCAAGAAACACGCAAGCUCCGUGCAGAGUUGGCUUUGGCGAGAGAUGAAAAGGAAGCCUUAGCCAAGGCUCUGGAUCAUCUACAGAUGGUGGGGCCUGGUUCCGCUCCUGGGUCUCGUGGGCUUAGAGAGGCAGUGCGCAGCCUGGAAGAACAGCUGUUGAAGGAAAGGGCAAAAAGCCAGCGCUCUGCAAGCAAGAGGAGCCAAGAACAGCGCCUCCUUCUGGAACAGUUGGAGGAACUCAAAGCAUCAGAACGGGCUUUACGGAUACGUGUUAAAAGUCUGACCACUGAGCUGGCCUUGUUGCGACGCGGUCGAGCGACUCCAGUCAUGUCUGGCCGAAGUAGUCUCAGAGGUGAUGGAGAAGUUCAUCGGUCUUUAUCCAGAGAGCGCAGUCUGACCCGUGUGGGGGUAAGAGCGCGCUCGGGGUCGAGGGAGAGGAUGGAGGACAGGACUCGGAGAUCAGAGGAGAGAAUUAGGAGGGCAGACUCUUCAGGGUCUCGAAAUUGCAUCACAAGACCCUCGCCAUCUCCAACAGGGUCGCGGGUGCCUCGGUUUGACCCUACGGCCUACAUUCAAGAUCGACAACGUCGCCAAAAAGAGGCCGAGAUAAAGAAUCAGAGGAAGAUUAGAAGGGACAUGUUGGCUUCACCGUCUCUGAUGGAAAGAGGCCGUUCACGCUCCAGGGAGCCUGUUCCUCAGCUGAUGAGAGCAGGAAGCGCUGGCAGGGGGAGGAGUGUGUCUGUGGAGAGCAGGAGGAGUCGGUGCUCUUCAGAAGGAUCAGUAGCUGAGUUUGAGGAGCUUGCUAAGCCUCUAAAUAGCAGAGGAAGGAAACUGGCAUACAAUGGUCCAGCUGUGGCCAGAGGACGCCACAUAAACAAAAAGCCAAUGUGUAGCACCCCAGCCCAGAGGAUGAGAGGGGCAGACACAUCUAUUGAGACGGGUGCUGACCUGUCAGAGAUUGACGCUCGACUCCAGGCCCUGCAGGACUACAUGCGGGAUCUUGACACUGGACGUUAAUCUCGGUGGAUUCAACUGUUGAUCUAGGCUUUUUGCACAAAGACUGAAAACUUGGACAAUCAUUUCUUUUAAACACUGUGUACAGAUGUGUCUGUAUCGUAGUCAUUCAUACUAAUGAGACUUUGUUUCCUUUACCCCAAAUGUAACUUUUGGGCUUGACUCAAAAUGCAGUUACAGUGGUUUUGUGAAGGGGGUUCUUGAGACCGUUGCCAUAUCAGACUUGAAGUAAACCAGAAGUGUCCCAAAGUAUGACCUCAGGAUAUACCAUUUUUAACACAUUCCUGUGUACAUUUUUAUUAAUUAGUGUUUGUUUGGCCAUUGUUAUUUUGUUUUGGGGUUUUUUUAAUAUGUGUUAGUGUCUGUUUUAUGUCCAUUUUAGAUGCUCUCAUAUUUUGUUGUCGUGAGAAACUGAAAAACAAAGCUUUUUUUCUAUAUACAUACAUAAAAGGAUUUUGCAGUACA